AUGGAUGCUGAAACUUUAAGGGCGGCUUUGAUUGUGCUACAAGAAGAAUUAGCUAAUUUGAGAGCUAAUCAAGAGAAUGUGGUUGGAACAAUGGUGUUGCAACAAAGGGAGAUUGAUCGGCAACGCCAAGAACUGAAUGAUCAGCAGGCUAACAUUGACCGUCGGCAAAGGGAUGACACUGCAGCCUUGGUGACAGCCAUUCAAUUGGCACGUGGGCAACUUGCACCUGCCUCCCAACCGAAUCAACCAACUAGUACUCACCCACAACAAAAUCCACAUUCAGAGCUUCCCCAGCAUCAGCAUAAUCCGCCACAACCAAUGCAUCCUCAGAGGCAAGAGCAACCCCUUGCUGCUCAGCAGGAGAGGCCUUUCCAGAAUCCUGAGCAGCAACCAACCUCUCGCGCUGGUCGAGAAAACACCCAGCAGCAAAGGCAAAAUAGGGCCGGACAGCAUCCUAGAAGCCCUAGAUGCCAGACGGUUGAGGAACAAAACCCUCCGAGUAGUGGACAACGUCCUUCGGGGGGCAGAAGGCAGGUGGAGUCAGGCUCUGUGAUCAGGGGUCCCCCAUGA